GCUUUCCUAUGUUCUUUUUUCUUUUUUUUCCUCCCUUCAUUUUAUAGCGAGAACAACGCUUUAGAGACUCAAGAAUACAUUCCCAUUUUGAGCUGCAAUCUUUCUCGAAGUUUUCAAAGGUGAUCUUUAGUAGCCAUGGCCCGUACCAAGCAGACUGCCCGUAAGUCCACUGGAGGCAAAGCCCCACGUAAGCAGCUGGCCACAAAGGCUGCUCGCAAGAGUGCCCCGUCCACUGGUGGAGUCAAGAAGCCCCAUCGCUACAGGCCUGGUACGGUGGCUCUGCGUGAGAUCCGUCGUUAUCAGAAGUCCACUGAGCUGCUGAUCCGCAAGCUGCCCUUCCAGCGCCUGGUGAGAGAAAUCGCCCAGGACUUCAAGACUGAUCUGCGUUUCCAGAGUGCAGCCAUCGGAGCUCUGCAGGAGGCCAGCGAGGCCUACCUGGUGGGUCUGUUUGAGGACACCAACCUGUGCGCCAUCCACGCCAAGCGUGUCACCAUCAUGCCCAAAGACAUCCAGCUGGCACGUCGUAUCCGUGGGGAACGUGCUUAAAAUGUUUUUUUAAAUUGUUAUCUGCUAUCCUCUUCUCCCGUCACUCUUUCCAUCCCUUUCCUCCCUCUAUACUUAGUUAGUAGUAUGGUUUGAGGUCCUAUAUAUAUAUAUAUAUAUAUAUAUAUAUAUAUGAUUGUGAUAAACGUAAAAUGUGUGAUCAUGUCUUCUUUGGUGCUACAGGUAGCAGUUUCCUUAGUGAUAUCUUCAUGUAUGUUUGAAACUUUAAAUCACAGUUACACCAUUCACUUCUAACUAGCUAGCUUACAUUACAUUACAUUAAUGCAUAGGGCGUUUUUGCAAGUCAAGAAUAGUGCAAAAUGAGCAUAGGAAAUAGCAUUAAGGUUAAGACAUUUUCUUCUUUAGAGAGACAUAUACAUUGAUAUAAUGGGUCUUCUGUUUUUCUUUUUUGAAAUAGUUUAGUUGUAAAAGUAGCCUAGUGAUUUGUCCUAUUUUUUUUUUUUUACAAUAAUGGUGUAUAUCUACUGUUAGUGUUUAAUGUAUCACAAUCCAAAAGUUUAAUUCUGGUUGUCAGUUAGAAAUGUCAUUGUGCUAUGAUGACACUACAUUUUUGGCAGAAGCGGCGUAUAUGUAGCAGACGUAUGGUAAUCGUAUUUUGAUUUUCAGCCACGUUAUGUCCAGUUAAUGUUUUGACUUUUUGUUCCUCUCUCAGGUUGAUAUGAAAACCUUUUUUUUUUUUUACCUACUGUGUUUUGGAUUUGAUAGGGUUUCAGUCAUUUUUAGAAGCAAAAUAUUUGUACUCUUGAUUUCACAUACAAACAUAAUAAACUGAUUAUUGUGGGUAAAUAA